UAUUGAAAUUGGAUGGAUUAUUUAAUGAAGAUCAGAUUUGUCAACUCCGUAACUGAUUAAUGGAUUGAUAAUGCAAGUAUCAUCAACUACAGAGAAGUACAUUCAUUGUAUAUGAACAUUGAAAAAGUCAACAUUAAUAAACUACACACAAAACACGCAUGCGCAGUUGCCGCAAGCUUGACUCGCACCAAGCUAGCUAGCUGUGUAGCAUCUAAACAGCUAAACAUGUCUCAGUUAACUUACAGCAGACUGUCUCAUUUUCUGAGAAUAUCCGCUAAUAAACUGACAUUUUCACGAACCGGGACAGAGAUAAAACCGGGACCUGCGUGCUGUGUGCAGUUCACUCGCUGCCAGCGGGCGGUGGACAGUAAGGCGUUACAGGAGAGGCAGAAACAGCAGAUGGCUAAAGGUCUCCCCAAACAGAAGCCCAUCACGGGGGUCAAGCAGGUCGUCGUGGUGGCUUCAGGGAAAGGUGGCGUGGGCAAAUCCACCACCGCAGUGAAUCUGGCUCUUGGAUUAAUGGCCAACGACCCGUUGAAGUCGGUGGGUCUGUUAGACGCUGACGUUUACGGUCCAUCGAUUCCCAAACUGAUGAACCUGAAGGGAAACCCGGAGCUCAAUGACAACAAUCUGAUGCUUCCUCUCACAAACUACGGGGUUCCUUGCAUGUCGAUGGGCUUCCUGGUGGACGAUGUGGCUCCGAUCGCCUGGAGGGGUUUGAUGGUGAUGUCAGCGAUAGAGAGACUCAUCAGACAGGUGGACUGGGGGUCAUUGGACUAUCUUGUGGUCGACAUGCCUCCUGGGACAGGAGACGUCCAUCUGUCAAUUUCCCAAAACAUCCCAAUAGCAGGAGCAGUCAUCGUAUCGACACCACAGGACAUCGCCCUGCUGGACGCUCGUAGAGGAGCCGAGAUGUUCAAGAAACUUAACGUGCCGGUUCUGGGUCUGGUUCAGAACAUGAGCGUCUUCCAGUGUCCGAACUGUAACCACCAGACUCACAUCUUCGGUUCUGACGGGGCUCGACAGCUCGCUGACACUCUGGGAGUUCAGUUAUUAGGUGACGUUCCUCUUCAUCUGAACAUCAGAGAGACGUCAGACAGAGGACAGCCGGUGGUCGUCUCCUGUCCCGACAGCCCAGAGGCGGAGGCUUACAGGAAGGUGGCAGCUGCUGUGGUUCAGAGACUGGAGGAAGUGAACAGCUGAUGGAAGUAAACUGGGAGCACAUGAUGACACUCCUGCUAGACGAUCAACAUGCAUGUGACACACACACACACAUGUCAACAUACUUUGCUGUCUUAAAGCACAAAUAGGAAGCACUACUUUAUACUGUGUAUAGUUCUGCUGAACACAUGUGAUAUCUGUGUGCUGAUAUUGAAUACAUCUGUCUCUUUAUGAUUGUAUGAAAUAGCGUUGCAACUAAGAUAUGAAGAAUAUAUGAUGAAAAAUGUUUCUUUUAUCGUGUCAAGGUGGACAGAGAAGUGCACGAGGUGUCAAAGGUCACCAAGGAUUUAAAUGUCAUGGAAAACAUGAUAAUGCUGAAAAUAACUGGAAUGAUGCUUUAAAGCUGCAGGAUGUUACUGCAUUGUGCAGUACUGUGGACAGACAGCAGGGGGCGCUGCACUGAAA